AUGUCCGAUGGGGCUAGGAAGCAAAAAGCGAGCUCAGCGUUUCAUCUCGUGGCCGGUCUUGGGUCGGGUGCAGCAAGUGCUUUCUUAUUACAGCCUGCGGAUUUGUUGAAGACUCGUGUACAGCAGUCGCAGGCGUCAAGCCUAACCCAAGCGCUCCGCGACAUUCUUAAUGGCCCACAUCCAGUGCGCUCGCUAUGGCGGGGCGUCACCCCAUCAGUCAUCCGGACAGGCUUCGGCUCUGCCCUGUACUUUGGCCUGCUCAACCAGAUGAGGCAGUAUGCAACUAGGCUGCCCAGUGUUCCGGUUGUUGCUGGCGAGCUCAGCCCAGCUAAGGGUUCAUCUUCCGCGCUACCGAAGCUAGGGAACGUGGCAAACCUGACCACUGGUGCUCUUGCUCGGGUGACAGCCGGACUGAUAGUCAACCCCAUCACAGUGCUGAAAGUACGCUACGAGUCAACACACUACUCGUACACCUCGCUUGCAGGCGCCGCAAAGGACAUCAUUGCCAAGGAAGGCAUGCGAGGCUUCUUCGCUGGCUUCGGGGCUACUGCAGUCAGGGAUGCGCCGUACGCUGGCUUGUACGUGGUGAUCUACGAGCAGGCGAAGAGUCGCCUUGCCGCUGUUACCCCUGCAGGAAGCGAGUCAAGUCGUGUAUCAGCCUCUGCGUCAGCAACGGUGAACUUCGCAUCUGGGGUAGUUGCCGCCGUGCUGGCUACGACUAUGACCAACCCUUUCGAUGCGAUCAAGACACGCCUACAGAUUGCGCCGGCCAGGUACGGCAACAUGAUAAAAGCAGCUGGCCUAAUGCUUCGCUAUGAGGGUGUUCGAAGCUUCUUCUCCGGCCUGAGCAUGCGGAUUGGCAGGAAGGCGUUGAGUAGCGCUUUCACAUGGACUGUCUAUGAGGAGCUGGUUAGGCGUGCGGAACGGGUGGUGAUCUGA